GACCACGGCGACCAGACAGGACUCCGACCUCGGACUCUCCUCAAUCUCCGCUCUAAAACCCUUAAAAUACAGAGGAGGUUUUGCGCAUCCCUUGAGAUGCCAUGCAUGUACUCCAACCUCCGCCUCCUCUUCUCUUCCUCCGCCACCGCCGCCGCCGCCACGGCCACCGCCGCCGCCUCGCCAUUUCUCUCUCCCCUUAAGCUCAAGCUCCGGCGGCCCUCCUCCUCCUCCUCCGCCUUCCCCCUUCUCCCCCUCCCUCCUCUCUCUAGCCUCCGGUCCAGGCCCCUCUUCACCGUCUUCGCCGCCGUCGAGCGCGGCCGCCGCGGCCGCCGCCUCCGGCAUUCCCCGGACUUCGCCCGCGGGAGGAGCAGGAGGGCCUUUGCCGACGAUCCGGGGCGGGACAAGAGGGCCUCGAUGGAGGAGGGAGCCGCCGGGUUCAAUCGCAAGAGGGCCGAGGGUCGCGACCGGAGCGAUGGUCCCAGGAAGGAGCUGCAGCUCAAGAAGAGGCCGAGGGCCAAUCCCGUCAGCACCAUCUCUUAUGUACAGAUAUUGGGAACUGGAAUGGAUACUCAGGAUACGUCAUCAUCAGUCCUGCUUUUCUUUGAUCACCAGAGAUUUAUUUUUAAUGCUGGAGAGGGUUUGCAAAGGUUUUGCACGGAGCAUAAGAUCAAGCUGUCAAAGAUAGAUCAUAUAUUUCUCUCUCGUGUGUGCUCUGAGACUUCGGGUGGACUUCCAGGGUUGCUAUUAACGUUGGCUGGGAUUGGAGAUGAAGGAAUGUCUGUCAAUAUUUGGGGUCCAUCAGAUCUUAAAUAUUUAGUUGAUGCUAUGAAGUCUUUCAUCCCAAAUGCAGCAAUGGUUCACACAAAUAGCUUUGGCCCUGCUCCAAGUUCUGAUGCAGCUGCUGUUCCUGAUUUAAAUAAAUUUACCGACCCUAUCAUUCUUGUUGAUGAUGAUGUUGUCAAAAUAUCAGCUGUUCUCAUGUGGCCAGAAGAGUCUGGUCAAAAUAAUGGAGUUCACUCUGCAAUGAGGCCUGGUGACAUGUCUGUUGUCUAUGUUUGUGAGUUGCCUGAACUUAAGGGGAAGUUCCAUCCAGAAAGAGCCAAGGAGAAGGGUCUGAGACCUGGGCCAGAAUAUCGGGAGCUGCAACUUGGAAAGUCUGUUUUCUCAAAAAAACUCAAUAUCACGGUCCAUCCGAGUGAUGUGAUGGAUCCUUCUAUCCCUGGUCCUGUCGUACUCCUCGUUGAUUGCCCAACUCAAUCUCAUUUCCAGAGAUUAUCUUCCUUAGGUUCCCUCAAUGAUUAUUAUGCUGAUUUCUCGGGCAAAGAGACUCAAAAGGCCGUGACAUGUGUCAUCCAUUUGAGUCCAGCCUCGGUCGUGAGUAGUCCAGAUUAUACGAACUGGAUGAAGAGGUUUGGUUCAGCACAACAUAUUAUUGCCGGGCAUGAGAUGAAAAAUAUAGAGAUUCCAAUCUUGUCUUCUAGUUCGAGGAUUGCUGCACGACUUAAUUAUUUGUGUCCUCAGCUGUUUCCAGCUUCAGGUUUUUGGUCUCUCGAGCAAUCGGACUCUGUCCAUCUAAGUGAGGGUACUUCUCUCUCUUGUCCAAGCAUUUCUGCCGAAAAUCUUCUCAAGUUCACAUUGCGUCCCAGAGAUAAGAUCGGAUUAGACAAAUCCUAUAUCCCAAAUAAGAUGGCUCACUCAAACAUAAUUGAUGAGCUGCACACUGAGAUCCCAGAGAUAGUGGAUGCUGCACAAUACAUCCACCAUCUUUGGAAUGGGACAGGUGAAACAGGGGAGGAGAGAAGAUUUAUGCAAGAGGAGCCAUGGUUGAGCGAGAAUAGCCUUCCUAAUUGUUUGGAAAAUAUAAGGAGAGAUGACUUGGAGAUUGUUCUUUUGGGGACCGGUUCGUCACAGCCAUCUAAAUAUAGGAAUGUCAGUUCAAUUUAUAUCAAUCUUUUUGCCAAAGGAGGUAUGCUUCUGGAUUGCGGGGAAGGAACCUUGGGGCAAAUGAAACGAAGGUUUGGAGUGGGGGGUGCUGAUGAUGCCGUGAAAGGUCUUAGAUGUAUUUGGAUCUCUCACAUUCAUGCUGAUCACCAUUCCGGUUUGGCUAGAAUACUUGCUCAACGACGCGAUCUGUUGAAAGGAGUGCCUCAUGAGCCAUUGGUUGUGAUUGGGCCUAGGCAACUCAAGAGAUUUCUUGAUGCAUAUCAGAGACUUGAAGAUCUGGACAUGCAGUUCCUGGAUUGUAGGAACACCACAGAAGCAUCUUUAAAUUUUUUUGAGGAAGCUAGUGAGUUAAGCAUAGAUCAAUCUUCUCCAGAAAGUCCAAAUUCACACGAUGUCUUGAGAAAAGUUACAAAUAACUCAAGUACAAAUGUUCCCGAUUCAACAUUGUUUGCGAGGGGAGCUCCUAUGCAGAGUUUUUGGAAAAGACCCGGUAGUCCACCAGACAUUAGUGUCGCUUUUCCAGUUCUGCAGAAUAUGAAGAAGAUGCUCAAAGAAGCGGGUUUGGACGCCUUGGUUAGCUUUCCUGUUGUGCAUUGUCCACAGGCAUUUGGUGUUGUCCUGAAGGCGUCGGAGAGACUAAAUUCUGAUGGGAAGUUGAUCGAAGGGUGGAAGAUUGUGUACUCUGGUGACACGAGACCCUGCCCUGAAUUAACGGAAGCAUCUAGGGGAGCCACUGUCCUUAUACAUGAGGCAACUUUUGAGGAUAGUAUGGUGGAUGAGGCCAUUGCAAGAAACCACAGCACGACGGAGGAGGCCAUCCAGAUGGGCGCAUCGGCAGGGGUGUACCGCAUCGUCCUCACCCACUUCAGCCAACGAUACCCGAAGAUCCCCGUGUUUGAUGAGGCGCACAUGCACAAGACCUGCAUCGCCUUCGACCUGAUGAGCAUAAACAUCGCGGAUCUGCCCGUGCUUCCGAGAGUCCUUCCGUACUUGAAAAUGCUGUUCCGGAACGAGAUGAUCGUCGACGAGUCGGACGACACUGGGGAUUCUGUUAGCGUAGCUUCAUGAGGGAAGCGAUAGGAUGAUUAAUAUGAUUUAAAUUCAUGACCAUGCCAUUCUUUUGCAGUCGGCGUUGAGCAAGUUUUCUGCAACUGUUUCUGUACUCUCAAAUGUCAAUAAUACCAUAGCACAAAACAUGCUCAAAAAUGUUGUUGCUCUUC